GCCUUAGCCCUCCGGAAUCUCCCCUUCUUUACAUUCGCGAGCCACUUCUGUGAGCUCGCGGAAAAAACGACGCUAGCCGACACCACCAUCAUCGAGAUGUUCCGGCUCGGGGCCACUUACCACCGUCCCGUCGACCUCCCAGACACCACGGGAUGUUGUUGGAGAGUGGCCAUUUACCGGUGUCUGGGAAGCGUCCGGGCCCGAGUCGGAACCAACUCACCAGCGGCGUCCCACAGAUUCCAACCGCCGUCCGCGGCCACGGCCAACCCGCCGCCAGAGAGAGCGGCCAACCCGCCGCCGAAAAAUGCGGCCAACCCGCCGAAAGAGAGAGUGGCCAACCCGCCGAGAGAGAGAGCGGCCAGCCCGCCGCCAGACAGUGCGGCCAACCCGCCGAAAGAAAGAGCGGCCAACCCGCCGAAAAAGAGUGCGGUUAACCUGCCGACAGAGAGUGCGGCCAACCCGCCAAGUAGUAUGGCAAGCCCGCCAAAAAGUAUGGCAAGCCCGCUGGUCCCGUCCAGCCCACCUUCGCCUCUGCUGGUCGCGUCCAGCUCACCUUCGCCUCCGCUGGUCCCGCCCAGCUCACCUUCGCCUCCGCUGAGCGCUGCCCAGUGCCUGCGCCAAGAAGGCGCCACCCAGAGCCCGCGCUGCAAGAGCGCCACCCAGAGCCCGCGCUGCAAGAGCGCCACCCAGAGCCCGCGCUGCAAGAGCGCCACCCAGAGCCCGCGCUGCAAGAGCGCCACUCAGAGCCCGCGCUGUCCGAGCGCUCCCAAAAGUCCAGACAAAAAUGGAUAG